CAAGUAAUCAGAAGAGCACGUAUUUAAGUCGUGGAAAUAAUUUUUUCGCAAAAGCAAGAUAAGCUUACGUACAAUAGUGGGAACUUUUCUUUUAACUCCUUUAGUUUCUUGUUCUCCUUUCUCUCGGACGAAUAACCGGUAAAGUUACUAACAGGUGAUUCUCAUGUAACGAAAGCUUUAGUGCAGGGAAAUUGAAUAAUUUUACAUGCCGGUAAUGGGUAUUUUUGCCGGAGAAUCAUCAUUGUCGUAUUCAGGGAAGCUGAAGAAAGUAGCUAAAAGGAUUCUUGUUCAGACAUGUAACUCAUUCUUUUGUGGAUAUCAAAACUCUCCUCCUUCUUCUGUUCCUAACAACAACAACAACAACACCUCUGAGUUUCCAUAUCAGGCGAAUAAUCUCGAGGUGUUGAACCAUACUACUGUAAUUAAAACCUCACGAUUAGAUUCGACCACUAACACACCUUCUAACAAGAACUUUUGUCCGAUAUGUCUGGAUCCGUUGAGCUACAGCUGCGAUAGCAGUCCAGGACAGGCUAUAUUCACAGCUCAAUGCUCUCAUGCUUUCCAUUUUGCUUGUAUAUCAUCCAACAUCCGCCACGGCAAUGUUACUUGUCCUGUUUGCCGUGCACAUUGGACUCAGUUACCUCGGACGUUGAAGCUUCAUUAUACUCCUCACAGUAAUCAAGCUGAUCCCAUUCUCCAGAUUCUUGAUGAAUCAAUUGCUACUUCUCGGGUACAUAGGCGUUCCUUUUUACGCUCUGCUCGUUAUGAUGAUGAUGAUCCUGUCGAGCCUGACCGCACAUCAGAUAUUCACCGUUUGCAUCUGUCUUUAUCACCUGACCCUCACAGUACCUCCGUGUUUGAUCCUUGCCUGAAUCAAAAGUCCGGCUUUAGCUCAUGCCCUUACCCUCAGCAUUGUCUAUGUAGUUCUUCUUUAGAAUCUUCACAGACAGCAGCACGGCAUUUUGUAGAAACUACGCAGUCCCCCGUUGUUAGCAGCUCGUCUAGGAGUGCUUAUCUUUGCUUAAAAUUGGCACAUCAGCCAGCCACCGACUUAAUCUUAGUGGCAAGCCCAAAUGGACCUCACCUUAGGCUUAUGAAACAAGCCAUGGCGUUUGUGGUAUUUUCAUUGCGGCCUAUAGACCGGUUGGCUAUUGUUACCUACUCUUCUGCCGCAGCACGGAUCUUCCCGCUCAAGUGUAUGACCUCUUAUGGGAAGCGCACGGCACUUCAAGUGAUUGAUCGACUGUUCUAUAUGGGCCAAGCUGAUCCAGCAGAAGGACUCAAGAAAGGAGUAAAGAUACUACGAGAGCGGUCCCACCAAAAUACUCAUUCAUUUAUUCUGCAUCUUUCCGACAAUCCAACAAGAUCCUUCCACGGGUUUCACUUGGAACUUCCGAUCACAAUCCAUAAGUUCCAUGUCGGAUUUGGAUUUGGCACUUCAAAUGGAUUCGUAAUGCACGAAUUCGAGAGAUUUCUUGCUAAGAUACUAUGUGGUGCAGUUAGAGAUAUUGCAUUGAGGAUCGGAGAGGAUACAAGGAUCGUGAGGCUUGGAGAAUUGCGAGGGGGUGAGGAGAGGAGAAUUCCAUUACUUUUGGAAGAAAUGGACAAAGUACGCGUGGUAUAUACCUACAUUGAUUGCAUGAUGGACGACACUAUUAAAACAGGUGAAGUUGUAGUCGGCAUUGGCGAUAGGAAAGAAAUGACAGAUGAUGUUGACGUUGUUGAGAGCACCGGUGGAAGGAGUAGUAGCGUUGAGGGCUGGGAGUAUCAUGAUCCCUUCAUGGCUAGACGAUGGGCUAAGCGUUUACACGGCUAUCGGAUAUGAUGCUCUUGGCAUUGCUUCUUGACACUGAUAUCUGAGAUGAUCUCUAUUAAAUGAACAAACAUUUUUUCUAAGAAUUUGCAUUAUAGGUGUAAAAGGGCAGCCCGGUGCACUAAAGCUACCGCUAUGCACGGUGUCUGGGGAAGGGCCUCACCACAAAGGUGUAUUGUACGCAGCCUUACCUUGCAUUUCUGCCAGAGGCUGUUUCCGAAAUUUGCAUUAUAGGUGUGAUGUUGAAGAAAUUUGCAUUAUAGGUGUGAUGUUGAAAAUACAUGAAGAUAGUUUCUUGUAUAUCUAUGUUCCCAAUUUUUUGUAUUAAAGAAUCUAAUACUAUUAUUGAAUGAGAUGUUAUGAAGUGUUUAA